AUGAGCUACUAUCCAAGAUAUGAAGUGGUGGAUCAUUUUGAAGAUUCACUUGAUGCAUUUUAUAGGAAUAAUAAAAUAAUACCACUUCAAACAGUUUCUACUAAUUAUAAUGAAGAUGAAGUUCAACGCAACAUCCAACAUAAUAUUAAUGAACUUCAUCACUAUCAAGGAAGUAGAAAUUUUCAUGAAAAUCAUCAAUUAAAUGCUCAACCAAUCCUUUAUAAUAAUACUCAACAAACUGUCCAGCAAAACAAUUCGCAAAUGUUUCAAGUUAACAACAAUUCUUAUCUUCAAGGUACAAACAAUCAUAUUGUACAACAUGAUAAUAAUAAUUAUUAUUAUGAAAACAAUCAACAUAAUUUUCAAAAUAAAACUUAUCAUAAUUUUCAACAUAUUGUUCAAAAUUCAACUUUACAAGAUAUUCCUUAUCUUUCUCAAAGAAAUAAUGUACCUAUAUACAAUGUUAACAAUAUAUCAAGAGAUCAUGUUCAGUAUAAUGGUAAUUUUUCAACAUCACAAAAUCAAUUUAAUCAGUCAAUGGUUGAAAGUGAUGUUCAAAAUGAAUUAUUAUAUCGCCAUAAUAGAGAAGUUAAUGGUGGAGAAAAUAUUAGAAACUUAUAUAACAAUAAUUUUGAUAGAAGAUUUUCAACACCAGUAAAUGAUAUAAAUCAAUAUAAUUAUGUUAACAAUGAAUUUCCAUCUACAGAAAUUAAUCAAUAUAAUAAUAUGUAUCGAAAAGUUUCUACAACAGAAUAUGCUCCAACUGAUUUUAGUCAUAUUAAUGAACAAUCCAUUCCAAGUGAAGAUAUUCAAAAUGAAUUAGAAAAUGGUCAAAUAUCAUAUGAAGAAGAAGAAGAAGUUGAAGAUGAAUAUAAUGAUGAAAUGGAAGAGGAAUUUAAUGAUACAAAUGAUGAGAUGGAGGAAGAAUUUAAUAAUAUAACUGAACAAUUAUCACCUUUAAACAAUGUUAAAAAUGGAUUUAAUAAUGUAAAUGGUAUAGAAGAAUCUAUUAUUCGAUAUGAAACAGUUGAAAAAAAUGUUAAUAGUUAUGAUAAUGAAAGUUUUAAAGUACCCUAUGAAUAUGAUGUACCUUACUAUAAUGAUACUUCUGUUACUGGAAAUUAUUUAUCAAUUUCAAAGAAUAACAAUUUUCAAAAUGAUGAUAUCAUAGAUGAAUGUCGCAAUGGUAUUUUUGAAUCCAGUUGUGUAUAUACUUUACCAGAAAAAAAUAAAGUAUCGCAACAUAUUUCGCAACAUUCUAAAAAGCAAUCUAUUUUUGAUGGUACUAUUGAUGUAAUAAAUGAUUCUACAAAUAGAAAACAUUUAUUCUCAGUAGAAAGUAAUGUUAAUAAGCAAUGUGCUAUUGUUAAUGAUUUUGAAUCAGAAGAUGAAAUAUUUUAUGAUGAUACAAAAAUGAAUGCAAAUGGAAAUGGGCACAAUAAUUUUAAAAAUGGAAACAUGAAAUCUCGAAAACGUCAGCAAAUGAUUAUCGCAAAUAAUGACUCAGAUAAAGAUUCAAGCAGUUCUGAAUGCGAGCAAACAAAUAAAAAAUUUAAAAUAGAUAUUAAAAUUUCUCAUCGUUUAAAAUCAAAUCUCGAUAGUGUAUCUCUUAAGAAUAUUAUUACAUCAAAUGGUUCUGAAUACACGGACUAUUUUUGUCGUUGGUAUAAUUGUGAUUUUAUAACUGAUGAUGUUGAAAUUCUUUUUAAACAUUGGGGAUCAUGUUUUCUAGAUGAUUCAAAAAAUUCAUCUUCACAUAUUUCAACACGUGUUUCAAUGGAAAAUUAUUUUGAUCAUAUGUAUUCACAUACACAUAUGAAACAAUUUUUUUGUGAUAAAGAAAAAUGCAAAUCUAGUGGUUUUUAUACUAAAAGUGAAUUAGAAAAGCAUAUUAGAGAAUGUUAUCAUGCCAAAAACAUACAUAUAUGUCGGGAUUCACUUUGUUUAAUUACUUUUACUACUGGAAAAGCAAGACUUGCUCAUGAAAAUAAAAUUCAUGUCAAAACUGAACCUAUAAUAUAUCAUUGUCCGGUUUAUAAUUGUAACAAAGCUUUUCCAGAUAAUUCUUCAUUACACAGACAUAUACGGCUUUCUCAUGGUAACAAGGCAUUUGAACUCAUUCAUCAUCUUAAGCAUAAAAGUAGUAACGAAAAACAAACCAACAAAGUUUUGGGAUUAUUAACAGAUAGAGUAACUUCUCAUUUAAACGAAGAAAUGUUUAAACAUCAAUUAUCAAAUGAAAAUGAAAAUGGAUGUAAAAAUUUACUAAAAUUUUAUGAUUGUUUAGAUGUAUGUGUUCACAAAGAAUAUAGUUCAAUGAAGAAUAUUCUUCUAAAACUUAUAUCAGAUAUAAAAUUUAACAAACUUAAAGCACCAGUCAAUGCAUUUGUUAAGAAAUAUAUUAAUAAUCUCAAAUUAAAAGGCAGAAUAAUAAUAGUUGAAGAAACAUUUGUUAGUCAAUUAUCUCGUAUAAUAUUUAAGAAUUUGAAAAUAUCAGACUAUCCUAUAAUACCAUCAUCUGUUCAUGAAGAAAGUCAGGAACGUGAAGCUGAAAUAAAAAUAACAAGAAAAUAUCUUUUUAAAAAACUUGAAAAUGAUGAAAAGAUUGAGGAAACAAAAAAUUAUUCUUUAAAAAGAACAGAUGAUUUAGAUGAUACAUUCAUAAAAAUGCCUGAUCAAUUAACUGAAGAAGAUAAAUGUGUGGAAGAAAAAAUUUUUAUUGAACAAGAAAUUGUUGGAUUUGGGCAACCAAUAAACAAUAUUAACUUUGAUGAGCAUAGAUUAAUUACUAUUUCUACUUGUAAUAAUCUAAUUAGUAGACGAAGCCAUGAAAAAGCAAGAAAUGGAAUAAAUAGUCCAACAUUAAAGAAUCAUGAAACAAGUGAAUUUUGUCCAGGAUACCUUAUAAGAGUACUGAAUGACUAUAAAAGAUAUUUAAAUUCUAGUAAGGGUAAAAAUUUUCUGGCAUAUAAGAAUAAACUUCCAUUACAUACAAAAACUCCAGAGGAGUAUAAUGAUGAUACAAAAAAGAAAAAAACGGCUGAAAAGACGAGAGGAAAAAAUAAUAACACUAUUAGAGAGCCUAUUAGAAGGGACAAUAAAGAACGAACUACCAUAAUAAUGGAUGAUACUGAUACAGAAGAAAUAAAUGAUUAG